GCUUCAAAGUCAGGUAGUAAAAAAACACAGUUGAAGCCUCCGACGGAGCCGAAUUGAGUAUUGGAAAAGGGCCCUAGUGUUCUUACACGUAGCAUGUACGCGCUACAGUGCGUGUGCAAUGCACAUGUGUCGACGUUUGGGGGCAGGGUACCAGUCUAGUUGUAAAAUACAAGAUGGUGGCCCCUAGCAAGCUCUGGCAAGUUUGCUCUUGCUACGAGAUGUGCCAUUGUUGGAACCCUUCCUGUAUUGGGGCAUCUUGGGACAUUGCGAAGGCCAGCUGGCGGUAUUCUUUCCGAACGUAUCUGAUAUUUUACACGGUUUCAUCCCUCAUCUUCCACAAGGGCAUCCCCAGUCUACGGCAUCUCUUAGUGGACGUUCUGCGCUCCUCCAACUUUUUGGCCUGCAACGCCAUCGUGUUCAUUUCUUCAAUAUGUGCCUUCAGACAGGUGCUUGGCCGCUUCUUCAGGUGGUUUGUUUGGGGGCCUGCUUGCGUGGCCUCGGCAGUGGCCAUAUCCAUGGAGAAGAAAAGCAGGAGAGCUCCUUUGGCUUUGUACAUGGUGACGCUGGCAAUUGAGCUUUUGAUCAACAUCUUCCUGUCCAGGGGCUGGGUCAAACCAAUCAAAUAUGGUGAGGUCAUACUGUUCAGUGUGUCUUCUGCCGUAGCACUCUUCCUCUUCAGAUAUGGCAACAUGCUGAAGAGAGACUCACUCUCGGCACUGAAGUUGCUGGUUGGAGUCCAGGAAAUGCCAGCGGAGCUUCAACCAGACGAAGUCCGGCUGCAGGUCACCGGCAACGAGAAGGGUUCCCCGCGUGAGGUUUCGCCGACACUGCAGAGGCAGACAUUCCUGUCAGCUCUCCGAGAGACACUCAACAGCAAGUGCCUACAACUUGUAAAUUGGCUCAAGUCUCUCCAUAAACACCGACUAUGCCAGCACCAGUCUAGCUGUAUGUAUUAUGUCUUACAGGCCAGUAUUCGCAAGUUUGCCGUGGGCUACGCCGUACAGGCAGCCCUGAACCUCUUGAGAGCCCUGCCCAGGGUGACAACCAGGCCCGGGCUUCUCGUCCAGGCCCUGGUACGCCAAGACAACUUCGGCCUGGCACUCUUUCUCAGUCUCUUUGUGGGAAUCUUCCGAAGCCUCAGCUGCCUUUUACGUUGGCUCCGAAACAAGGACAGCCCUCUGCAUGCAUUAAUAGCUGGCGGAGCGGCUGGUGUGUCUAGUAUCUUCUAUCGUAGCACAACCAUAUCACUGUAUUUUGCUUCCAAGAUCAUUGAGAGCCUUCUAAUCAAAGGCCAACAGCAGGGCGUCAUUCCCGUCAUUCCCCAUGCCCAGUCCAUCGUCUACGCACUGUCCACGGCAACCGUACUACAUGCGGGAGCAUAUGAGCCACACAACAUCCGACCAGCCUACUGGAAAUUCCUGCUGGAUCUAACGGGAGACAAUUUUGGCAAGAUGAACCGUAUGCUGAUCGCCCACCUAGGCACGGACUCCACCAGGAUCUACCCAGACUGGCCCACCUAUCCAGACGUCUCCAAGCUCCGGCUCGUGGACAAGGAUGGGAUGUGCGUGGAAUCCUUGCAACCCAAGAGACUUUGAUGAGGUCGGUCGCCGACAGCAGGCAUUGUUUGUUUUAAUUGUGCUAUCUCUCAGGAGUUUGUAGCAACCAAAUUAUGCAUGCAGAUCGUGUACCCUGUGAUGCCACUGUGAUUUUGAUGCAAACAGUUGGGGUCUGUUUGUUCUGUAUCCCUAGAAGUAACAUUUGACCUUGAAGUUUUGACCUUUUACAUACUAUCAUGUGACUCGUGUUUUUACAAAAUUACAAUGUGGGUGAGAUAACACAGUAUUGGCAGAAGAGAGGGUCAGAUAACACAGUAUUGGCAGAAGAAAGGGACCACUCUAUCUUACAUUGUAUACACUUUUCAGAGAGAAAUGAAAAAUUGAAGCUUUUGAUGUUGUGACUUAAAAAAAAUUGCCUGUCUCAGUUCAUCAUCCAUGGAACGAUGACGCAAGAUGUGAAUGACAAACUAUGAUGUAUAUGUGGGGUUCCAAGACUUCCUCUCACAGUUAGAAUGCAUGUAACUCCAAGUGGAUGAGAUUGCUCUUGAGAAAACGGGGUCACAGGCCUUUGAACAUGUGAAAAUCACCUCUUCAUAACAUAUCCCACAAUGCAUCUCUUCAGUUCAUCCACUCCACUUGUUUGGAAUGUUUCAGCAUCCACGACCAUUUGUAUAAUUAUGCAAUUGAGUUUUAUACGCUGAAGGAUUACAACUUCCACAAACCACGCUUUGCCAAACCUUUUUCUACUGUAACAAUAUUUACACUAAGGCAUUUUCAUAACAGUUGUGUCCUAGUUCAACCAAUAUGAUGGAAAUGGAUCAGUUUUUUAUUCAGAUUUGAGUUACCUGUUUUUUUAAUUGGCAUAAUUCCCAAUUCUCUGUUGUAUAUCCCCUGAGAGAAACUGAGCACGUUUUCCAGUAUUCUUUUGUAUUCCUGCUCAAUUGGUGUCCAGUAACACCAUUUUAAAUGGUACCACAGGGGAUAAACUUGGCAGUAAUUCUUUGAUGUAGAGCGGUGUUUUUUUUCAGUGGAGAAUUCUUAGUGCAUUUGCUCCCCCUUUGUGGUGAGGUGGUGAACUUCACCACGAAGGGGGGAGCAAUAAUGCUAAAUUUUCAGUCCAUACUUGCCACUUUAGAGUUGAAAGAGGGGAUCUAGUUACAAAAGAAAAGUUUGGUUCAGAAUCUGUGGAGUGGUGAGUUUAAGGAAAUGGGGGGGGGGAAUGCUGCCUAAAUGAAAACAAGAAUUAAACUAGGGUCUGUUGUUUUCAACCAUUUUGAAAGAGGGGAAUUUACUGAUCAUCCCAGGGGCCUUUAACAGUAUCGAAGCACCCCCCUCCCAAAGUGGUGACAUGGAGUUGUUCUAAAGUAAAAUAACAUGAAAUGUGUAUACAACGAAAUCAACUUUGUAAAAAUAUCCACCACAAAGAUGUCUGAUGUUGCAUCUAAAAUUGCCAUAAUUUGUAAAUUUAAUAUAUUUUAAAGAUGAGACUAUUCAUUGACAAAUCAAUGCAAGUGAUGCGUAAUUGAUUAUGUACCUGUUUAUAUUUGGGGGUGGGUGAUGACAGUUUGGUAUCUAAUUUGCUGCAUAUUGUUUACAUUGUUUUCGUAAUUUGCUUACUUGGCGUUUUUAAAGAGUGGCAUUUGCCAAGUACCUAGUAGAAUAGUUACUGAGUACAGAUGGAGUCCAAAGUGGUUCAGAAAAGAGGCUGAUUGAGAACUCUGUGGCUGUCUUUGGUAGCAGGCCAGAUCAUGGAACGCCUAGGCCCUACGGAAAAAAAAGGGUGUCUAUUAAAGAUUUAAAGGUCUACAAAGAAACUAGUUCUCUCUUUGAGGUUUCGAUUUUUGAAAAGCUUUAAAGUAGCUGCAUAACUCUUCACUGCAGCUUAGCAUCAGCGUGAAAGGUGAGGCUCCAGCACUUACAAGUGCUUUGAAAUUGGUGCUGGUGCAUAUGACUGAGUGGAGCCGUAUGGAAGACUGGUGCCUAGAGCCUGUGGAAGGCUUUAGUCCGGCCCUGCUUAACAGUGGCUUAGUGUGUAAACUGUUUGAUAGUGCUUGAAAGCCUGUAGUUGUGUCCUCAUGCCAGGGCUGUGGCUAGAAAUAACAUGCACCCAGUGACUGGCUGCUGUAGCCGUUUGCAGUGGACUUGUAUGAUAAUACUAGCCCCAGCAAUGAGACAUUGCGGCUGUGGCUGCGGCUGCGGCUGCGGCUAGUGGAUAUUCAUCUCAACCUGGCUUGUUGCAGAAUAUCGAAGUCAUAGCCACAGUGAAGAUCAGACACGACCUGACUAUGCUACCAACUGGCAACUUGGUAAAGAUGGGACUGCUCAAGUGCCAAGUUGCAAAUAUAUUUCUGUUUUGUUUUUUUCAGAAUUUUUAUCUUGGUCAUGUUGGUGGUUUUUGUUUAAUUUUUUGUAUGGAUUUCCAGGGAUUACUGUUAAGCAACCAGUUUUACCAACUUGACAGUUAAUUUGUGAAAUAUUGUAUUUACAAGAUUUUUAAAAUGAUUAUAUUUACAUCGUAGGAAAGGAUUGUGAAAUAAAGGAAGUAAUGCCAAGGGAAUGUUU